UCGGUUUAAUCAGCUCACAUUUAGAAACCUCGACACAGAAGAAACCGUCACGUUAGUGUGUAUCGAUCCGCCCAGCCUGAGCUGAAGCAGCAAUGAGUUCGUAUCAGUAUCUGAGAGAGUUCAUCAAGGAGAGAAUAACUGCUGUUUGUGAAGAAAUCUUCUCAGAGGUUCAAAAAACCAUCGUCCAGUAUAAGGAGGACCGUCAGCACAGACUGCUGGAUAUCAGCCGGAAACCCGACAGAAACUCACACAUCAUAGACCUCACACAACAACAUGACUGUGAGGAAGAGGAGAGUCUGGAUGAGGAGCAGGUCUGUAACCAGGACAGGAACUCCAGUGUGGACCAGGAGGACCCAGAGCCUCCACAGAUUAAAGAGGAACAGGAGGAGCUCUGCAGCAGUCAGGAGGGAGGGCAGCUUGGACAGAAGAAGGAAGCUGAAGACAUUAUUGUCUGGAUUGAUGAAGAGCAGCUUAGGCUGCUGGAGAUGGUCUGGAAACCUGAGAUACAGUCACACAGAAUAGACCUUCACCAGCAGAGUGUCCGUGAAGAGGAGGUGGUCAUCAGAAUGAAGCAGGUCUGUAAUAAGGAAAGGAACUCCAGUCUGGACCAGGAGGACCUAGAGCCUCCACAGAUUAAAGAGGAACAGGAUGAACUCUGCAGCAGUCAGGAGGGAGAGCAGCUUGUACUGAAGCAGGAGACUGAUACUUUCAUGGAGACUCCGACUUAUGGGGAAAGUGACUACAGUGAACCAGCACCAAACAGUGAGCAGUUCAUUUCUCACAUCUCUCCUGAAGCAGAGAGCCGAGAUCAUGACGAAAGCCAGCGUGUGGACUCAGGAUCAGCUAGAAAUGCAGAGCUGAAAAAGAAUAGAUAUGACAGAAAGAGAAGUCACAAUCAGAGAGUAAACAACACUUCUGUGUCAGAGAGUCAGAGUAAACCUCAGAACAGGCAUAAGCAUCUGAUAUGUGACAUAUGUGGAAAGCUUUGUCAAAGGAAAUCCAAAUUGAUUAGACAUCGGAGAAUUCACACAGGUGAGAGACCGCAUUCCUGUAACACCUGUGGGAAAAGAUUCAUUCAGAAAUCACAUUUGAGUAGUCAUGAAAAAAUUCACACAGAUGAGAAGCCACAUCUUUGCAGGACCUGUGGAAAAAGAUUCAAACUAAACUCUGCAUUGCAACGUCAUGUAAAAAUUCACACUGGUGAGAAACCAUAUUCCUGUAGCAGCUGUGGGAAAAGAUAUAGGCGGCUUGAAAAUGUAAAGACUCACAUGAAAAUUCAUGCUGUUUAAAGUGUCUUCCUCAGAAAAUGUGUUGUGAUUCGUCAUACUUCUUUUUGACAGAUGGAGGUUCUGCUGUUUUUUUUUUGUUUUUUUUUAAUUUGUUGUUAUGGAGCUCCAUUAAUCCAUUUACACACACACUUAUCUCAGAGUGAACUCAGCUGACUGAACCUACUCUGGUCAGCUGCACUGGAACUGAAAACUCAGAAUUACUGAUGUCAAAAUUAAUCAACUCUUGAACAAGCUUCCCAGAAUAGGGCAGUUUAUUACCUCAUUAUUAUAUAGUCAGGGAAAAAAACUUUUUGAACCUCUGCUGAAAUUGUA